GCAGAAGAGUAGCAGCUCUGAAUCGUUGAGUGACAAAGGUUCGGCUGAACUGAAGAAGAGCUUUGAUGCAGUGGUGUUUGAUGUUCUGAAGGUUACGCCAGAAGAAUAUGCGGGUCAGAUAACGCUAAUGGAUGUCCCUGUAUUUAAAGCGAUUCAGCCAGAGGAGCUGGCAAGCUGUGGCUGGAAUAAAAAAGAGAAAUACAGUUCUGCACCAAAUGCUGUUGCUUUCACCAGAAGAUUCAAUCAUGUAAGCUUCUGGGUUGUCAGAGAGAUUCUACAUGCACAAACUUUAAAAAUAAGAGCUGAGGUUUUAAGCCACUACAUUAAAACUGCAAAGAAACUGUACGAGCUGAAUAAUCUGCACGCUCUCAUGGCAGUUGUAUCAGGCCUACAGAGUGCUCCGAUCUUCAGGCUGACUAAAACAUGGGCGCUGUUGAGUCGGAAAGAUAAAGCCACCUUUGAAAAGUUGGAGUAUGUUAUGAGUAAAGAAGAUAAUUACAAAAGGCUUAGAGAUUAUAUCAGCAGCUUGAAGAUGACUCCUUGUAUUCCCUAUUUAGGUAUUUAUCUGUCAGACUUGACGUAUAUCGACUCUGCCUACCCAUCAACAGGGAGCAUUCUGGAAAGCGAGCAAAGAACAAAUCUAAUGAACAACAUUCUUCGAAUUAUCUCAGAUUUACAGCAGUCAUGUGAAUAUGAUAUUCCUCUGUUGCCUCAUGUCCAAAAAUAUCUGAACUCAGUUCAGUACAUAGAAGAACUACAAAAGUUUGUAGAAGAUGACAAUUACAAACUUUCAUUAAAGAUAGAACCAGGGACCAGCACUCCCCACUCUGCUGCUUCCAGAGAAGAUUUAGUAGGCUCUGAAGUUGGAGCGUCUCCACAAAGCGGACGGAAGAACGUUGCAGCCGAAGGAGCCUUGCUACCACCAACACCCCCUUCACCCAGGAACCUGAUCCCACAUGGACAUAGGAAAUGUCACAGUCUGGGAUACAAUUUCAUACACAAAAUGAAUACGGCUGAAUUUAAAAGCGCGACAUUCCCCAACGCAGGACCAAGACAUCUACUGGAUGACAGCGUCAUGGAGCCUCACGUCCCAUCCCGAGGGCAGGCAGAGAGCUCCACACUUUCUAGUGGAAUUUCAAUAGGUAGCAGUGAUGGUUCUGAACUCAGUGAAGAGACUUCCUGGCCAGCAUUUGAAAGGAACAGAUUGUACCAUUCUCUCGGUCCGGGGACAAGAGUGUCACGAAAUGGCUAUCGAGGCCACAUGAAGGCCAGCAGCUCCUUAGAAUCUGAAGAUUUGGCUGUUCAUUUAUAUCCAGGAGCAGUUACUAUUCAAGGUGUUCUCAGGAGGAAGACUUUGCUGAAAGAAGGCAAAAAACCUACAGUAGCAUCUUGGACAAAAUACUGGGUAGCACUGUGUGGAACCCAACUCUUUUACUACGCUGCAAAAUCUCUGAAGGCCACAGAGAGAAAACAU